AUGUGUUCAUCUAGUAGAAAAUUGGACUUAUGCAUUAUCGAAGACAUCUCAUCGAAACAAUUUUAUGUUGGCUGUAAUAUCAACGAUAUACAUGUUAAUGAAUUUCAAGGACUCAGAUUUGGAAAUAUUAAACCAAAAUUAUUCGAUAAUGACAAUAAUACUUUAAAUUCAUCGACUACUGCUAAAGUUCCAGUGUAUGCUCGUAUUGAUUUUCCAAAAGGAUCUAAACCACCACAUGUUCAAUUAAAUAUUAAAGAUCGUGAAAUACAAAUAAGUAAACAUUCCAUUGAUAUUUUAUUGGAUACACUCGAAGAAAUAAAACCAAUAAAUGAAAAUAUGAAACCGAAUGAGUUGGCACAUACACAAAUUAUAUUUAAUAAAAAUCAACAAAAAAUUACCACAAUUAACAGUAACGCAGUAUUAGAAAAUCAAUUACCAUCAUUCGUUACCUCAACAACAGAUUUUAUCGCAGAAGAACACGAGAAGCAUUUAGUUGAGAAACUGAAAAGGGAAAUACUGAGCAACUAUCAAAAAGUCUCAUGGGACGAUAUAGCUGGUUGUGAAUUAGCAAAAAAAGUGAUUACAGAAGUAGUUGUGUUACCUACGAUAUUUCCUGAAUUUUUUCAAGGAAUAAGACGUCCUUGGAAGAGCAUUUUAGUAUAUGGACCUCCUGGCACAGGAAAAACAAUGUUGGCAAAAGCUGUUGCAAGUGCCACCAAAAAAACUUUUUUUAAUAUAACACCUUCAACAUUAUUAUCCAAAUGGCAUGGUGAAAGUGAAAUAUUGGUUCAUCUAUUGUUUAAAAUGGCAACACAUUAUGCACCAUCUAUUAUCUUUAUCGAUGAAAUUGAUUCACUGUGUUUAAAUCGCAACAUAUCAGAAGAUGAAGCAAGUCUGCGCUUCAAGUCUGAACUCUUAGUUCAGAUGGAUGGCAUGUCUUGCACAUUAGGUAACAGUAAUCAAACAAAAACAGUUCUGGUUAUGGGUGCCUCAAAUCGUCCCUGGUCAAUUGAUGAUGCAUUUUUAAGACGUUUCGAAAAACGAAUUUACAUACCAUUACCAGAUAAAGAUACCAGAAGACAAUUGUUAGCGGUGAAUUUAAAAGAUGUACCACUCGACGAAGAUGUUAAAUUAGACGUUAUAUCUGAACACUUAUGCGGAUAUUCUGGAUCAGAUAUCUGUAAUGUUUGUCGGUAUGAAAGCUUUUAUUAUUAG